UCAGUUCGCACCAUGCUGAAGUUCCUGAUCCUGUUGUCGGCCGUCGCCUGCGCCCUGGGAGGCACCAUUCCCGAGGGUCUCCUGCCCCAGCUGGAUGGCCGCAUCGUCGGCGGCACCGCCACCUCCAUCAGCAGCUUCCCCUGGCAGAUCUCCCUGCAGCGCAGUGGCAGCCACUCCUGCGGAGGAUCCGUCUACUCGGCCAACGUGAUCGUGACCGCCGCCCACUGCCUGCAGUCCGUGUCCGCCUCCUCCCUGCAGAUCCGCGCUGGUUCCUCCUACUGGAGCUCCGGUGGUGUCACCAUCGGCGUCUCCUCCUUCAAGAACCACGAGGGAUACAACGCCAACACCAUGGUCAACGACAUCGCCAUCAUCAGGCUUAAGAGCAACCUGAGCUUCAGCUCCAACAUCAGGGCCAUCGGUCUGGCCAGCUCCAACCCCGCCAACGGCGCCGCUGCCUCCGUCUCCGGCUGGGGCACCCAGUCCUCCGGCUCGAGCUCCAUCCCCACCCAGCUGCAGUACGUGAACGUGAACAUCGUCAGCCAGAGCCGUUGCGCCUCCUCGAGCUACAGCUACGGCAGCCAGAUCAAGAGCUCCAUGAUCUGCGCUGCUGCCAGCGGCAAGGACUCGUGCCAGGGAGACUCCGGUGGCCCACUGGUCUCCGGCGGAGUCCUGGUCGGCGUUGUGUCCUGGGGAUACGGCUGCGCUGCCAGCAACUACCCCGGUGUCUACGCCAGCGUGGCUGAUCUCCGCUCCUGGGUGGUCAACAACGCCUAAGCAUUUUGCGAAUUAAACUAAAUCUGAACAUA